UAAACUCGAGGAAGGGAAUGAAGAGGCAGACAGUGCUGGCAAUGUUCACGGAACAGAGUCUCGAAGUAAACGAUCGCCUUGUGUGCAAACUAAGUUUAUUUCGCGAAUGUCUAAGGAUUUAAGUGAAAAUUGGUGGGUAUUUUGUUUAAGUGUUUGACAUUAAACUAUCAGAUUGUGUGUCAACAAUGAUAGUGGUUGAUUGGUGUGAUUUAAAACGUGUCUAGGUGUGACUGCGCAGUCGCCAUAUUUGAUUUGAUCAAAAAACAUCAAGAGAACGGAUUAUCGAUAGAGAGCUUAUUUCAUACAAGAUGAUAAAUUCGCACGAAAUGCAACAACAACAAAACGUUCAACAGCAGCAUGUUCAGCAACAACAGCAAAAUCAAGUUCAGCAACAGAAUCAACAACAAUCACAACAGAACCAACAACAACAGCAGCAAUCAUCAAAUCAAUCACAACAACAAACUUCACAACAACAGGAUGGCCAUUCUCAACAAGUAAACCAACAAAUACAACCUCAGCAACAAAUGCAACAGGUUUCUGUUCAACAACAGCAGCAACAACAACAGCAACAAUCACAACAACAAAACAAUGGUCAACAUAAUGUUACACAAGUUCAGGUUCAACCACAAGUUGCUGCCAGUAUGCCACAACAAUUACAAAAUGCUGUAGCAGUAUCAAUGCAACAUCAACAGCAACAACCAGGUGUUUCAAUGGCAUUAGCUGGACAACAAGGGGCUACAACAAUUACUACUAUGGCAGCACAUCCUCAGGCUGUUCAAGUGAUUCAACAACCAAUGCAAAGUCAGGCUUAUCAUCUUCAACAGCUCUACAAUACUCAAGGGACUCCAUUACUAAUGCCAGGGAAUUUGGCACUCCAUCCAGCUGGACUCAAUCCGUCAUCAAUUCAAGUUAUAACUGCUGGUAAACCAUUUCAAUCUGCUGCUCAAUUGACUCCUCAUAUGUUGACUACGGCAUCAACACCAGGACAACCAGGCAGCCAUGGUGGACCAGGAGGAAAAGUCCAAGGAUUUCCAGCUGGUUAUGUUCCUGUUCCAACAUCGGCUAAUCCUGGCGGUGGACAAACACUUGUCUUUGGUCAGCUCGGUGUACUUGGUUCCACUCAAGCUCCGCCAUCACUUCAGCAACAACAACAACAGCAGGGCUCCAACAAACCAGAUCAAGUACAAAAAUAUACAGCAUGUGCAGCUGGUACGCAAUCGGCAUCAAGAGGGGGUGGAAUGCAGUUUGCGCCAUGGCAAUUCACACCUCAAGUUGCUUGGACUGCUGGAUUACAACCUCCUGGAGCUACUUUAUUAGCUGCUCCAAACCAAAUAUUUAUUAGAAGUCCUACCCAACCAGAUAUGUACAUUCAAAGUCCUCAACCUAUACAAGCUCAUAAUGCUAUUGCAGCCUCACAACAACAAAUUCAAGGUGUUCAGCAAAUAGCAGCUGCUGGUGGUAAACCACGAGUAAUGGACAUUCAGCAACAGCAACAAUCCCAGGGUAAACAAGGUGGCAGUGGUCAACGUCCUCUAAGUAUCUUACCUUCACUUCAAGGAGUUCAGGGUGCGAAUAUUAGACCAGCUAGUUCAGUGUCGACUCAAACAGUUCAUGGAGUACAAACAACGAGUGGCAAGGGCAGUGGGAGUGGUGGUAAAGGCCGUGGUAAGCCGGUGGUUCGCACAAGUCCCGGAACAAAUGCCUCUCAGGGGGCAACAAAAGCCGACGCAGCGAAUCAAACGAAAUCUAAUGUUCAUCACGCCACAAUGAUAAUGCAACAUCAGCCCAAUGCUACUAAUAAUAGCGGAAACGGUAGCAAAGUACUUAUAACAACGAAUUCUCCGGUGGUCACUUCUGCGCAACCACCUGGCUCACCUAUGUCCACUGCUGACAAGCAAAACUUUGGGCAACAAAACAAAACAGUAAUGCAAUCACCACAGCAACAACAGCAACAAGUUCAACUUCCACCUGGGAUACAGCCUCAGUACCAACAGAUGUUCAUGCACCAGAUGCAGCAACUUCAGCAAUAUCAGCAAUCACUUCAGUCCCAGCAAACGCAAGCCCAAAACUCCCAGCCUCAAUUACAACCAAAACCGUUGAUGGGCAUGACACUUCAGCCACCAGGACAACAACAGGGAGUAGCUCCAGGCGUCGUUCUUGGUGCCGAGAGACCAAUCAUGCCGGUAGUUUCGAUGGGAGUUGGAGUGGCAACAACGUUACAGAUGGGUCAAGUUCAACAACCACCAAUGUCGACUGUUCAACAACAUCCUUUACCAGCUUUAAAUCCUGCAUUGAUUGGAAAUCAAAUGGUUAGUGGUACUUCUCAAGUGCAAACAAUGCCAAUGUUAGCUCAAUCUAGUGAUGUUCAACCAUCUCAACAAUCAGACAAUAAUGCAAGUACUCCCAUGAUCGUUGCUCCAGAAAGAAAUCAACAAAAUGAAUGUUUCAUGUUCGUUCAACAGUGUGCUAGUACACCUGUGGCAAAUGAGGAAUCUGGGGCAUCACCUAAAAAGGAAGAAGAAGCUAAAGAAACUCGUGAUUCAGCGCCAAACAAUCAAGAAGCAGAAUCAAAUAAAAACACAUCCAAAGAAGAAAACAAUUCUUCACCAGCUAAAACAGAAGACAAAUUAUCCAAUAAUCCUUUAGUUAAUUUAGCUAAUGCUGUUAAUUCCAUUACAAAUGGAAUAGUUGAAGAACCAGCUGCUUCAAUAAAUACUCCAAUAUCUAGUAGUAAACAAGCUCCACCUAAAGCACUUGUAAAACCUCAAGUUCUUACACACGUUAUUGAAGGAUUUGUUAUCCAAGAAGCUUCAGAACCAUUUGUGGUUAAUAGACCUACUCUCAAUGGAUCAUUAAAUCAAGAAUCUGGCGUGUUAAAUAAAAAUAAUAAUAAUAACAACUUAUCGGAUAAGGAUAGUCAUGAUGAACCACCAAAGAAAAAACAUACCGCCAGUCACUCGAAUGAAUUAGAGGCAAAUAAUACCACUUCUGGAAAAUGUGAAGCAUGUGGAAAUACCUUUGAUGAACAUACAACGAAAUUUAAAAAAGACAAACGUUAUUGUUCAUCAAUAUGUGCAAAGAGUAAAAAGAAAGAAUCACGUGACCGUGAUACAACUGAUAAACAAUGGACUGAAAUGGAAAUUGAUCCGAAGAAAAGUGAUGAUUUAAUCAAGAAGGCUACAGAGGAUAAAGUUCAACCUCCUCUUACUCCAACGGAGGACAUAAAUAAGAUAAAUCCUGUUAAAUGGACGGUUAAUGAAGUUUGCGACUUUAUUCGCAACUUACCAGGUUGUUCAGACUAUGCAGAAGAUUUUGCUAUUCAAGAAAUUGAUGGUCAAGCUCUUAUGUUAUUGAAAGAAGAUCAUCUAAUGUCUGCUAUGAGUAUAAAACUAGGACCCGCAUUGAAAAUUGUAGCUAAAAUUGAUUCUAUGAGAAUUGAUAAUAGUGUUACUACAUCACCUACGUCUAAUAAUUCAUGAAUAAGUGCACAUUCCGUCCUACGUUCAUGAAUGUAAUAAGCAGCAGUAAGAUCUAUAUUAUGAUUUUUAAUCAUAAUUUAAUAGCGUUGAAAUGUACAAAUAGAUCUAAAGAAUUUUCUUAUGAUUUCAGAGUAUGUGUAUUCAAGACAUUAUCAAGUAUGUUUCAAUACGAGCUAUUGGCUAAAAUUUUUAUAAAUUUAGGAAUUAAAUAUAUUGAAUAAUAUUGUGUAUAGAGAAGUGUCCUCACUAUAAAAAAAAAACGAAAAAUUUCAAAGACAAUGCAUAGGAAUUUAUCUAUGUAUAAAAUAUAUAUGAUAAGAUUCGAAUAUUAAAAAAAUUUUAAUAUAAAUGUAAAUAUGAAUUAAGAUUAGAAUAAUUAUCAUCUACCAUAAUAAUCAUUGGAAGAAUUUCAUCAAAGCGAGUAAAUACACGUAUGAGGGUUAAAUUAUUUUUACAUAUUUUUUUGUUAUUUUAAAAUUUUAUAUUUUUAUUAAUUAUCCAAUUAUCGAUAAGACUCAAUCUAUAAAUAAA